GGGGUAUUGUGGGCAGGAAGCGGAAGCGUCGAGUAACCCCCAGCUGCAGCUGAGCGCGCCAGAGCUCACUUCCACUCAGCACAGUCAGAGCUGGCGGUGGGCGCCUGAGCACUGAGGCCGGCGGACUGAUGGACCUGCCCUGUGCCCUGGGGCUUGGGACACUGCUGGCCCUGCCGGGGGUCCUGUGCUCGGGCAGCGGCGCCUCGGACGACGAGGGCCCCAGCUCUGGCCCGGUCGUGCUGCUGCUGCUCCUGCUGCUGCUCCUGCUGGCCACCGGCCUGGCGCUGGCCUGGCGCCGCCUCAGCCGCGACUCGGGGGGCUACUACCACCCGGCCCGCCUGGGCGCCGCCCUGUGGGGCCGCACGUGCCGCCUGCUCUGGGCCAGCCCGCCAGGCCGCUGGCUCCGGGCCCGGGUGGAGCUGGGGUCACCCGAUGAGGACCCAGAGCAGCAGCAGGACGAGCAGGACGAGGAGGAGGACUACCACCUGGCUGGAGGCCUGGGGGAGACACAGUCCCGGGACGAGGACCAGCCAUGCGGAGAGGGGCCCGGCCCACGGCAGGCGGCAGAGCCCGCUGAGGAAGCACGUGACAGUAACGCCGACGGGGGCCUGGGCCUCAGCUCCCAGGGGCCGGCGGGCUCGGGGGGCAGCGCUGAGGCCCUGCUGAGUGACCUUCACGCCUUUGCCGGCAGCGCGGCCUGGGAUGACAGCGCUGAAGCGCCCGAGGGCCAGGGCCUCCACGUCACCGCACUGUAGGAGCCCGCGUGGUGUCACAUCCCCAUCACUGUGCCUCUGCUUUCCAAAGCCGCCACGCCGCUUGGACACAGCCUGCCCUGGACCCACUAUCGCCCACAUCCCCAGAUGGAGAGUCUCAGACUAUCACUCCCCCACCCAUUUGGUCCCCAGAGCCGUGCAUCCCUGUCCCCAUCGGGAAGGCCACCCAUCCCUAUGGGCACUGGGCAGCCACCUGAAAUAAAAGCCCUCCAGCCCUGUG